CGCCACGCCUGCGACGCUGCCAUGGAGACGUAGCCGCGGCCUCCUGGCUCUGCCCGGGACCUGGAUCCCUUGCGUCAGCAGGCCCACGCGUGUCCGCGAGCGCCGGUGGCAAAGUCUGCUUCGCUGGAGCAUCCGGGCAAGCGGUGACUUUGCUGGCCGCUGGGGCGUAGGGCUCGCAUCCUUCCUCCUUCCAGUAGCUCUCUACUCCAUAGCUGAGGACCGCUUCUCUCACCAGCGGAGAGGAGACCCUGGGACCGCCAACCGUCUGUGGGUUAUUAAGGGACCUGCGAUUGUCCAUCCGCCUCAUCCUUCCGCUCAGCUCAGCUCAGCAAGCUGCAUCCGUGAGUAACCUCGCUUGAACACUCUGGCCCAUAGAGGCUGCUCCUGGUGGUGAGGCCCAUGCUGGGCCUGUCCCCGACUCCCCUCCCCUUCCGACAGUUUCUUCCCUUUGUAGUGUCACCCUUGGUAAGAGUGGAAGACUGGCUAGAAGAAAGGACCUGAACCAACGCUUAGUCCACAUCCCCAUUGUGUUUUGAGCGGGGUGGACAGGCCAGCCCCUGCUGCAGACACCCUGGAUACAUCUCUUUGAGCUCAGCAGUAUUGCAGCGGCAGUGGACACCUGAUAAGCUUCCCAGGAGUGGUGUGGAGUCACUGUCAACACUAGAGCACUUUGUCUGGAAUGGCUCUCACGUGGCUCCUGAAUGGUCAGAGAUGUGUCUUGGAUUCUCCUGCCCUCCUGAGGAUCUUGCCUAUGGAAGGUCUAAGUUACCUACUUUCACUAUUAAGUUGAACAAGGACUCCCAAACCCAACAGCCAUCAAGGUUGUUGGCCAACUAGUUACAAAGCACAGCAGCCGGCUGUUCCUGGCCUAGGAGGAAAGCCAGGUGUGCAGGACGCUGGGCCUGUGGGAUGAGUGGGCGAGUCCCGCUGGCAGAAAAGGCCCUGUCAGAAUCCUAUGCCCGCCUCCGGUACAGGGAUACGUCCUUGCUCAUUUGGCAACAAGAGCAGCAGAAGUUGGAGUCUGUACCACCUAGUACAUACCUGAGCAGAAGCCGCAGCAUGUGGUACUCCCAGUAUGGAAAUGAGGCCAUCUUAGUUCGAGACAAAAACCAGCUUGGGGUCUCUAGGGACACUGGCCAGUCUAAGUUUUGCUCAAUCAUGUAAUUCCAGGGAGAAGACCCUUGAUGGCCAUGAAGAUCAAGCCGUGGUAUAAAAACGCAACACCCAAGAAUGUCAUCCAACACUUUAUUAGGGGCACAACAGGUACCUAGAUGCUCCUCUCACUGCCCAAGCCCAGGAAAUGCUUCCAAACAAAAGGGAAGCAAGAGAGACACACACCCCGACCCUCACCUGCUGUGAGCUGCUGCCUGAUAUAGAAUGGAUCAGGUCCAGGGUAAGGAGGUGACUCUUCUUGCAGGGUCCCAGAUCUGUCAGCUCACUGCAGUGGCAUGUGAAAGGGGGGCAGUGCUGGUAGUGACAUUACUGCGUUGUGAUAGCAUCCACACUAGCCACCAGAUGUGGCCUCUUAUAUAGGUGUGUCCUUAAGCAAAAUGUGCCCCGAAGUGAUUCCAAGCCUAAUCGAGUGUGGGGAAAGUGGAUUCUGAUGGUGACGAAUCGGAUCCUCUCUUCUACCAGGCUGCGAAGGCACUCAUUUAGAGGCUAGCACUUCCCCCCCCCCCCAUGGCUAUGCAAAUGUGGGGAUGCAUUUUGUCAAAACUGAGCUUUCUAAAUAAACAUCUUAAAAACUC